CUAAAGUCAACGCCUCUCUCUCUCUUUCUCUCUCUCUCUCUCUACACUUCGCCUCUUCUUCUUCUACUUCAGCUUCCUUCUCUAUCGACAUUUUUCGUCGAGCAUGAAUUAUUUAUCCUUUGUUAUCCACCGGUUGUGCUGAGGAGCGUGAAACGUCGAAUCUCGUUCUUCUUCAUCUGAGAUUCUUAUGUCGCCGAGCUUCUGAUUUAUUGGUUCUUUGAUUUCUUUCAUUUUUAUUCUUUCCCUUCGAUAUGGGUAACGGAGUCGGCAAGCUCAACCUCUGCUUCACCGGCGACGGAGGCUCUCCCCGGAGGCACGACAUAUCGGUCCUCGUGGCCGAGCCUCUCGACGAGGGGCUGGGCCACUCCUUCUGCUACGUCCGACCAGACCAGACCCGGAUAUCUUCCUCCAAGGUCCAUUCAGAAGAGGCAACCACCUUCCGUGCAAUUUCCGGAGCCUCCGUGAGCGCCAACGCGUCGACGCCGCUCUCGACUUCGAUUCUUGAUCUCUAUUCCUAUGGAAGCAUCGACAAGUCCUCGACUUUUGAGAGCUCGACGUCUUUCUCUUCUAUCCCUCUCCAACCAAUUCCCCGGUGCUUCAUAAGUUCAGGUCCUCUAUCGGCCAACUUCGAUCGGGUCCCCGGAUCGGGUCCUCUGGAGAGAGGGUUCCUUUCGGGCCCGAUUGAGAGGGGGUUCUUGUCCGGGCCGUUGGAUCGGGGCAUCUUCUCGGGUCCUUUGGAGAACGGAGGCUCCGAUCAGUUCAAGAGGAGCUUCUCGCAUGGGGCUUUUGCGUUCAGGCACAAAUCAAGAAAAGGGUCGCUGAUUCGGGGGAUCAGGAAGGCAAUCUCGAAGACGAUUUAUAGAGGGCAGAACUCGCUCGUCGCUCCGAUUAAGGCCAUGAAAGAGCCUGAUUGGAUGUUGGGAGCAGAGAAGCAGCAUCAACGGCUUCGCAAUGAGAACUUGACGAUUAGCAGUGUCAACUUGAGCAGUGAAGGGAGUUUUGAGGAUUAUGAUUCCUUGGAGGGUCAGCAGAAUGUUCAGUGGGCGCAAGGGAAAGCAGGGGAGGAUCGCGUCCACGUCGUCGUCUCGGAGGAACACGGGUGGGUCUUCGUCGGGAUCUAUGAUGGGUUUAACGGCCCCGAUGCUCCCGAUUUUCUGUUGUCCAAUCUGUACUCUGCCAUCCACAAGGAGCUCAGGGGAUUGUUGUGGGAUGAUGACAAGUAUGAUCUUAACUCUGUUCUGGCUCCUGAAGAUCCGAGACCAGACACGAAGGAGUCACUUUCGUGGGAUGAGUAUCAUCUACCGACGAAUUGGAAUGGAGACCCCUGUUCUCCAUGCUUUGAGCAAGAGAACUAUCCUUGCACAAGCAUGGAUGUGAACUCUGAUUGGUCAUCAAAGAGGAAGAAGAACUCGAAUUCACCGAGCAAGCACAGAGGACCAGGAAAGAAGUGGGAGGAGAAUCAGAGGAGGUGGAAGUGCGAGUGGGACCGGGAGCGAUUAGAGCUCGAUCGCAGGCUAAAGGAACAAUUGAGUCGAUCGGGGUCGCAGGAUGGCAGAUCGAUCAAUCACUGUGAUGUGUUGAAAGCGCUCUCUCAAGCUCUCAAGAAGACGGAGGAGGCCUUUUUGGAUAUUGCAGAUAAGAUGGCUGUGGAAAAUCCUGAAUUGGCAUUGAUGGGCUCUUGUGUACUUGUGAUGUUGAUGAAAGGGGAAGAUGUUUAUGUGAUGAACGUGGGUGAUAGCCGAGCAGUGUUGGCUCAAAAGGCGGAGCCAGAUUAUAGGAUCGGCAAGGUCCAGCAAGACCUGGAAAGGAUUAAGGAAGAAACUUUAUACGACAUCGAAGCUUCCAAUUGGGACCAACCUAGUGGAAUGCCAAGGUUGAACGCAUCUCAGCUUAGUGUGGAUCACAGCACGAAUGUGGAAGAGGAAGUGCAGAGAAUAAAAAAGGAGCACCCUGAUGAUGCGUCUGCAUUGGUGAAUGAUCGAGUUAAAGGCUCCUUGAAAGUCACCCGAGCUUUUGGUGCUGGCUUUCUCAAACAGCCUAAGUGGAACAAUGCACUUCUGAAGAUGUUCAGAAUCGACUACGUAGGAAGCUCCCCAUACAUCACUUGCUUACCAUCUCUCUACCACCAUAAGUUGGGUCCCAAAGACAGGUUUCUGAUAUUGUCUUCUGAUGGUCUCUAUCAAUACUUCACGAAUGAAGAAGCGGUUUCUGAGGUUCAGCUUUUCAUCGAGUUGCAACCCGAAGGAGACCCUGCCCAACAUCUCAUUGAGGAAGUGCUGUUUCGUGCGGCAAAGAAAGCCGGCAUCGAGUUUCAUGAUUUGCUUGAAAUACCCCAAGGAGAUCGAAGGCGGUAUCAUGACGACAUUUCCAUCAUAAUCAUUUCGUUAGAGGGAAGGAUUUGGAGAUCUUGUGUAUAAAAACAGAGCUGCAUAUAGUAAGAUAGAGAGCCACCAUCUACUAAAAGAACCAGAGGCAUCUCCUUUUUUGCCGUUCCUUUUUCCGGGUCACAUCUGUAAAACGAAUUCAGAUAUGCCUGAUCUAAGUGAAUUAUUUGUGUAUUCUUCUCCCUUCACAAUACCAAGUCAAGAAAAUAAACACAUUUUGCUCUCUUUUAGUGU